CGACCUCACUUCAUCAACAACGACAAACCUCAGCGAAUCUACACGACUACGUUGAACAGCAAGAUACUCCUCAACACACCACACGCAAUCAUGGCUCACAAAGUCCUCCUCCUCGGAGCUGGUUUCGUCACUCGCCCGACCGCCGUCGAGCUGGACAAGGCCGGCGUGCAGGUCACAGUUGCCUGCCGCACUCUCGAAUCCGCCAAGAAGCUCGCCGAAGGCCUCAAGCACGCCACCGCCAUCUCUGUCGACGUCAACAACAGCGAGGCUCUCGAGAAGGAGAUCAGCAAGAACGAUCUGGUCAUCUCUCUCAUCCCCUACACCUUCCACGCCCAGGUCAUCAAGGCUGCCAUCAACCAGAAGAAGAAUGUCGUGACUACCUCUUACGUCUCCGAGGCCAUGAUGGCUCUCGAUAAGGAGGCCAAGGACGCUGGCAUCACAGUCUUCAACGAGAUCGGUCUCGAUCCCGGUCUCGAUCACCUGUACGCCGUCAAGACCAUCUCAGAAGUCCACAAGGCUGGAGGCAAAAUCACUGGUUUCCUCUCCUACUGUGGUGGUCUGCCCGCGCCUGAGUCCUCCGACAACCCUCUCGGCUACAAAUUCUCUUGGUCGCCUCGUGGUGUCCUCCUCGCCGCCCGCAACACCGCCACGUUCUACAAGGACGGCAAAGUCGACACCGUCUCCGGCACAGAUCUCAUGUCUACUGCCAAGCCUUACUUCAUCUACCCUGGCUACGCUUUCGAGGCAUACCCCAAUCGCGACUCUACACCCUUCCGCGAGCGCUACAACAUCCCAGAGGCUCAAACCCUCAUCCGAGGAACUCUCCGCUACCAAGGCAACCCAGCCUUCGUCCAGACCUUCCAAGAUCUCGGCAUGCUCUCCGACAAGGAACACGACUUCCUCAAGUCUCCCAUCUCCUGGAAAGAGGCAUUCGGCAAGAUCGUCGGCGCUUCCUCUCAUGGCGAAGAGGACCUCGCCUGGGCCGUCAGCUCCAAGACCAAGUUCCGCAGCAACGAAGACAAGGAGCGCAUCCUCGCCGGUCUGCGCUGGUUCGGCCUCUUUUCGGAUGACAAGAUUGAGCCGAGAGGUACUCCCCUCGACUGCCUGUGUGCUACUCUCGAGAAGAAGAUGCAGUACACGGAGGGUGAGCGCGACUUUGUCAUGCUGCAGCACAAGUUCGAGAUUGAAUGGGCGGACGGCAAGAAGGAGACGAGGACGAGCACUCUCUGCGAUUACGGCGAGAAGGAGGGCAGUGGCGGGUACAGCGCCAUGGCGAGAUUGGUCGGUGUGCCGUGUGCGGUCGCUGUGUUGUUGAUCUUGAAGGGUGAGAUCAAGGACAAGGGUAUCCUCGCGCCGGUCACGCCUGAGUUGGCCGAGCCGAUUCGGUUGGAGUUGUUGAAGUAUGGGAUUGAGUUGACGGAGAAGACUUUGGCUUAG